GUUAAGAAAGCAAAUGUGGAUCCAACUGUAGGAGCAAAGUUCAUCCAGGUAUCAAAAUUGGUGAAACGGUUCAAACCUGUGACAGUAAACGGUGUAGCUACCAAGUCUAUUUUGGAGCAGGUCAAGCAAAAAGAACAGAAUGAACCGGACUAUUUCAAAUCACAAUACAAGAACAGUGAAAGGCUAUCGUAUCUCCAAAAGUACUUGCUAGAGUUCAAUCAAGUUCAACCCCAGGCGCUGUUAUACGUCUCUUUUGUAUUGAGACCUUCCGAUCCAGAAUUUCCUUUUGACAUGGAAAAGUUGAAGUUGAACAUGACUGUACCACCAACUUUCCCUGUUGAUAGGGCAGCCCGGCCUAGCAUAGUUGUUUUGAACGAAGAGAUUCCCCGAGGUUUUGCUGCCAAUAUCGAGAUCGGGUUUAGAAGAAUAGCGGAUUUAGCCAGAAGUACUUUGAAGGACGAAGAAAUUGAACUUGUACUGGGCUCCGGUUUACUUUCUAUGGUUCUAACCUUGGACAAGUACCUUGAGGUAUUCUUGAAACAGGAAAAGCGAGAAACAAUUAAAUUUGUCAAGACCUUGAAGAAACCUGUCGAGCAGAUAAAGCCUGCAAGUCCAAAGCCCGAGCAAAUUGGUGAUAUCAAGAUUGAACAACAACCGGAGUACAACAAUAUAUUGAAAGAAGUGAUUGAAAGAAGAAAUCAAAUUUUAGAGGAAAUGACCAGCAAAAUAGGGGAAAAGAAUAGAUCGAAGCAGGAGACACUCAUAAAGGUCAAUAUUCCAAUAGUCAAAGGAUCUAAUUUCUCAAAGAUCCCAGCUUAUUGGAUUAAGAAUAACUUUGUCGAAGUGAUGCUAUCGGUUCCUAUUGAUUAUCCUGGACUGCCAGUUUUGUUUACAAUCGCAAAUAAUUUCAGCACCAAUUUGAUUGUUAAGUAUGGUAAAGAUGUCGAAGAACAAAUCAACUUGGUCAAGCUCACAAGAGAAUAUAGACAAGUAGAAAAGGAUUUCGGAAAGAACACCAAGAGAUUCGAAUUCGGAGAUUCCAGCCUUAUUCAAAAGUUGAAUUGGCUCACGAAUAAUCUCGGCACUUUCUGUCUUGAACCUGAGCAAUUCCAGACUUGGAACGACAAUGUGGACAAGUUGCAGAAACAAAUUGUUUGA